ACUGUACGGGGGGAGGGUUCCUAUGCGAACGAUGGCCGCCGCCGCGGGAAAGGCCGUGUCCCCUCCCUACCCACACUCGGGGCUCCUUGGGGAGGGCAGCUUGAGCAGAGUCAGCUUUCUCGGGGCUCGGUUGCCUCCGGAGGUGGAAGCCAUGGCCAAGAGUGUCCGGGAGCUGGGGAAAGAAACCUUCCGGAAACUGCUGAAAGUUACCGUUAAUGCAUUAGAAGGAAAAGACUGCAGGGAGUCUGUGAAAAUGAUCGCCGAGAGAGCCAGUCUCUCAGACGAGCAGCUUGCCAUCCUCAUCUCUGGCAUGUAUACCCUCCUCAGAGAGGCCUUGAGGCUUCCAGUUUCCUCGUUGAAAGAAGAUGUUUUUAAAGAAGAUCUGAAGGAGCUUAGGAUCCCAGAAGAAUUCGUUGUGGACUUUACCACCGUAGUCUUUGGAAAUAGGCGACCCAUUCUCGAAGCCACAAUUCAGAAUCAAGUCAGCAAGCUGCCUAGAGUCAGAGAUUUCAAGUGGAGAGUGGACGUGGCUAUUUCUACCAGCUCCUUAGCUCGUGCAUUGCAGCCAUCCAUCCUGAUGCAGAUGGAGCUUUCGGACGGGACGGCACAUCGCUUUGAAGUACCUGUUGCAAAGUUUCAAGAACUAAGAUAUAAUGUUGCUUUGAUCUUGAAGGAGAUGAAUGAUCUGGAGAAAAGGAGUGUUCUAAAGAUUCAGGACUGAACAUUUUUUGACAGUUCAUCGGUACUUGAAAAGGCCAAGAGACCCACAAAAGUAUCAAAUCAAGAGUUCUUGUUUGUAAUUAUGUUUAUUGUACUAUAACCUUUCUGAAACUUGCUGUAAAUAUUUUUCACUUCCUAUGUUGUAAGCUGCUAUUGGAUCAUUUUCUUUGUGUUUUUUCUAAGCCUACGUAUAAAAGAAAAUGGCAUUAGCUGUGUUGAUGAGCACUCUUGUAUGAUUCAUCAAAAAGGUUUUAAAAAUAACCCUAUAGAGGCUAAGAAGCCCUUUCCAAAUGAGCUAUGAUUCAUCUCCCUAAUUAUUUUAGAGAGCUUGCAAAUGAUUUGCUCAGUCAACAUACAGAAGCAGAGACGGGGUGGGGGGAGUGGUUUGCUGCUGGUCAAAAAAAACAAAAAGGGAAUGGGGGAAGCACCAGAAACCAAGAGGCAUGGAGAACAGGUUGAUCCAUAUAAACUCUGCUGGCAUGUGGAAUUAAAAGGGCAAAUUUUCAUGCUGCAAGAAAUUAUAUAUACAGGGAACUCAGAGUUGUGUAACCAUAGUCAGAGGACCGAAAGAGCCAAGGACAGGAAACCAAACCAAGCAUCAAGAGUUUUAUCUUAUUGACAAACAAGCCAAUGGUUGGUACCCCUGAAGAAUUCCUCUUCAUUGCUGAGUGAUCUUCCCCUUCCUUUCUGCUCCUAUUCUUUACAUGCAUCCAAAGAAAAGUAAGAGCCACAACAUACGGUAGCAGCGGGUGCUUCCAAAUGGUGGGGGAGGUGUGUCUUGCAAUCCAACAGGUAGGCCUGUGCAAGCCACCUGAGAAUCCCAGUCCUUAGGGUGAAGACUACAGAUAUAGAUCAUUCAAAUUUUAAGCAAAAAUUUGCCGACACGAACUGACGUGUCCAACUAGUUAAAAAUUGGUAACCUGCCUUUCCUCUGAAAGAGACUUUACUCUGAAAGAGACCUCACUGUGGCUUGCAAAAACAAAAUUAAAGGGCAGCAAUUAAAAAACCCACAGUUGAAUAUAACAGAGACAAAGCGUGCCUGUUAACUGGAAAAUGAAUACUAAAAGCAUCCCAACCAUCAAAUACCAGGGACAAUAAAUAUGUACUAACAUGGGAUCUUCCCUAUUUACCCAACUAGGAUACCACCCCACUUCUGCCAUUAUAUUAAGAUAAAGAGCGAGCUGGCAAGGCACACAUAAGUUACAGACCUGUAUAGUAUGGGUUUCCUCCAGAACAUUUGUGUUAAAAAAGAGAGGAUGUUUUCUGCAGAAACUGGUACAAGGCAAAGAGUAAAAUAGCCCCUCUCCCUGUGUUUAGUCUUCCUUUUAAAUUAUGGCUCCCAGAGAUGCAUUCUGUUAAAUAAUAAAUGUAGGCCUGCCCUUAGGCGCUUAGUUGUCUGUGCACUUCAAAUUAGCUUGCUGGAGUUUUUGAAAUCUGAGAUCUUGUCUUUGAUAGCACCUGGAGGAGCCAGUCCCCAUUUGAUCAGACUGUUUCCCUUCUUAAUUGCUGGGUGCUAGUUGACAAGCAUUGUCAAUUCAAAGCCUGCUUCAUGAGCAGGCUGAAAAUUGUAUCUGCCUCCUAAUCUCUAGGCAAUUGAAAAUGUGAAAUAAAAUGUUUGUCCUGGUUCAGAGCA